UCCAUAUCGGUGCGCACUGAUGGAGAUGUUCACUUGUUAGUGGUCGGUCGUCGUUGUAGACACCAAGACGGAUCGUUCAGUGACUUGGUGGACACGCAGAGGAGAUUUAUGAAGUUAAAGGGAUACUUUGUGGAUUACACAAACUAUUAGAUUAGAUGUAGUUAAAUAGUAAGAUGCGUCUUUGUCCAAACGUCCAGUUGAGCUUUUAUAAAUGAAGUGGUCAUGGAAAACACCAGUUCUUCUGGAAUACAUGCAAUUUACCAUUUAUUCCUUGUAUGGCUCCUUCUAUGCCCUCUGUGUUCUCAAGGAAGUUGGAUGCCGACAGGAGAGGAGACCCGGUUCUGAUCUUUGUGUCACACUGCUCCGCAUCACAGGUGGUUGGGCUUCACCUCUGUAGGAGUGCUAGAGAAGAUGGGCUGCGCGCAUUUGCCCUUAUCGCACAAGCAGAAGGACCUGUGCGCGCGCAAACCGCACCUUCUACCCAGCGUUAAAGAAGGCGCGCGCCUGGGCAUCACCGAGUGCCAGACCCAGUUUAAGCACGAGCGCUGGAACUGCUCGACCAGACGGGACCCGUCCGUGUUCGGAUACGAACUCACCAGCGGUACAAAAGAGACGGCGUUCAUUUACGCAGUAAUGGCUGCCGGACUCGUUCACGCUGUCACUCGCGCGUGCAGCGCGGGAAACAUGACCGAGUGCUCGUGUGACGGCAGUCUGGCGGGCACAGGGUCACUGUCGGAAGGUUGGCAUUGGGGCGGCUGCUCGGAUGACAUCGCGUACGGGACCUGGUUCAGCCGCCGGUUCAUCGACAAUUCGGUGAAAAACAUCUCGAGCCGCGGUGAAGACGCCAUGUUUACCAUGAACCAACAUAACAGUGAGGCUGGGAGACAGGCGAUUGCCAAGACAAUGAUAACUGACUGCCGGUGCCAUGGCGUGUCGGGUUCGUGUGCAGUAAAGACGUGUUGGCGCACAAUGGCUGCUUUUGAGCGUGUUGGCGUCUACCUGAAGGAGCGCUACGAGACCAGCGUUCAGGUGAUGGACCGUUUCAAACGUAAGGUGAGACGCAAGGAAAAAGACAGCCGGCACAAGCCCAUCACAAAAGAGGAGCUAAUCUUUCUCAACAAAUCACCCAAUUACUGCUUAGAGGACCGGCGGUUGGGCGUGACGGGGACCAGGGGUCGCAGAUGUAACAGAACUUCAGCCGGGCCGGACGGCUGCAACCUCCUGUGCUGUGGGCGGGGCUAUAAUACGCACGUGGUACGACACGUAGAACGCUGCGAGUGCAAAUUCGUUUGGUGCUGUUACGUUCGCUGUCGUCGCUGUGAGACGAUGAGCGACAUGCACACCUGCAAGUAGAGCAGAUUUGGACAGGGUGGGAAAAAUGGAGACCACACCUCGUGUCGAAACUUCUUGCGCAAACCCUUUAGGGCCUAGCAAACAAGGGUGUUGACGAAAUAUCCAUGGCAACCGAUGAUCCAAAGCAAGAACUGGGAAAGGGGGGAAUGGCAUAAUCCUCUUCAAUUUCACAUGCGCAACACUUCCCAUGGGCUUCAAAUGGGAUUCAAGCCAUUUUGUAUAUAUUGACUUUGGACCUUAAAUAGUUUGCUCGAAAAGACCCACAUAGAAAAGUGUAAAUAGAUGUGUAUCUUAAAAUAUUUGAUCUAUACUUAAAAUGAAAUGCAUUCAUAAUUUUAAGAAUAUUUUCAAUGCAUUUUUAUGGCAUUUGUCAUAAAACCUAGGUAGGUAAUGGAUGUAUUGUGCAAUUGCUUAUACACAGCAAUAGCUCAUACGUGGUAAAAAAUGAAAGUUGGAUCUACUUGAAAAAUUACUCCAUAUACAUAUUUUUAGGUGUUACCUAUUCCAGUAAUUUAAGUUAAUCCAACUUUAAUUUCUUCAGUGUAGUUUCAACAUUUAAUGUACAUAUUAAGUUAUGAACAAUUGUCUAUGGCUUACAACUAGACUUAAAACUAUUUUUUGAAUUAAACAAAAAAUAAACAUCCAUGCUUUGUAUAAAAAUCUUUUAAGUUAUCCUUGCUUGUGACUGCUUUUUUAU